UAGCCAUGUUCUGUUGUAUUUCCAGCAGGCAAGCAAGCUAAACAACGUUAAGCUGGUCUAGCGUGUGGUUAACUUUUCUUAGUUCAAGGAAAUGAGUUAACCAGUUCGAUGCCCAGUUCUGUUCUUUUCUAGUUUUUAAAACAUGCAUUUCGAAUAGUGCAUUUCCAGUUCGUACACCACGAGCACAGUUUCGUACUACUGCCACUGCUCAAUGAAGUGUGAAGAGUUACCGUGAGCUAGGUGCAUGGUACCGUUGUGAAGUGCUUCGCGGGUUGUGCUUGUCCCUCGGACAUCAUGGAGAACUCUAAAGAGGACUACAAGAUCCAGUCCUUCGACCCGGAGACCCAGAACCUGCUGAAGACGGCGCUGAAAGAUCCCAGCUCGGUGGACCUGGAGAAGGUCUCCAGCGUGAUUGUGGACCAGUCUCUGAAGGACCAGGUGUUCAGCAAAGAAGCUGGACGCAUCUGCUACACCAUAGUCCAGGCGGAGGCCAAGGUGAACAAUGGCAGCAUUUUCCGCCGGAACCUCCUGAACCGCCUGCAGCAGGAGUUCCAGGCCCGGGAGGAGACGCGGGGCCGCUCCCUGCAGGAGUGGGUGUGCUUCGUCACCUUCAUCUGCAACAUCUUCGACUACCUCAAGGUGAACAACAUGCCCAUGAUGGCUCUGGUGCACCCGGUGUACGACUGCCUGUUCCGUCUGGCCCAGGCCGACUCGCUGAAGAACGAGGAGGAGGUGGACUGCCUGGUGCUGCAGCUGCACCGCAUCGGGGACCAGCUGGAGCGGAUGAGCGCGCAGCGCAUGGACGACCUCUUCUUCCAGCUGCGCGACGGCUUCCUGCUGGAGGAGGGCCUGGGCUCCAUGGCCCGGCUGCUGCUGCUGGAGAUCCUGGAGUUCCGCGCGGGGGGCUGGCAGCUCAGCGACACGGCGCAGAAGUACUACUACAGCGAGGUGGCCGACUGAGGCCUGGGAGGGGGCGGGGCCUGGAGUCUGGGGGCGGGGCCUGGAGGAGGAGGCGGGGCCUGCUGACCACUCCAUUAAGAGUGGGGGAGGGAGGGGAGAGUGAAUAUUUAACUACGUUUAGAGCGGUACCCGGUCGUGUGCAAUGGAUGGCUGAGAGUAUGCAGGUUUUUAUUCAUAUUUAUAUGAAAAUAAAUAAUUAGUUCCUUCACUCUGGUUGAUGGUGAUUUAGGUAGUGAAAUCAGUAGUGUGCAACGAUUGGUUGGAAUGAAAACCUGCGUACUCUCGGCCCUCCGUGGCACCUGAUUGGUCACCGCUGGUUUAGAGGGACCGGUUUCUCUGAAGGCGAGCGCUCCGUUCGUACUGGAGCCCAGACCAAGAAGGUGCGAGUUGAAGUGCGGUGGGUUUAUUUAAAAAAAGCGUACGCGUAUGUGCAGUGGACUGAGGCUAGCUUGGAGCUUUGGGGUUCUUUGAAGUGGAAUUUGAGUUAUGUUCAGGAGGCUGUUAUUGGUGGGAUUUUGCUAAAUUAGUUUAGAAAUACAAGUGUGUUCUGAAGCUCCUCCCAUGUCCUGAUUUAACAUUCUCCUCGGUUGGUGGGAAAACUCUUUCAUUUGUAAAAAUAGUUUUCUGUGUGUGAAGAAGACACCUGCAGUUUACUGAAGAAAUGAUGAUUGGAUCUCGAUCACUUAAGAUGUCCACUUUGUACAUCUGUCCAAUUUUUUUAUUCUCAGAUACUUUUACCCAGAAUUUUCCUGGGGAGGUACAGGAACUACCACUAGAGGCACUGACAUUGAUGUGUUUCUUAUUCCUGUUAGGCUGUUACUUUUGUGUUUAGACAUUCAAUAAUAACAGAACCAAACACAGCUGCUCCGUUUGAGAUACGAGUACAGCCAAAAAAAAAUUUUAUUGUGUAGAGGCUAGUGUAUUGGUCUGGGGUCAUGCUUCGCAAAAUCAAAUGGUGUAAUAUGAUUCUAAGUUAACUCAUGCACUGGUGCUGUUCUUUUGAGACUGUCGAGUUCAUUAUAGCACUAUGUGGAGGGCUGUCAGUUGCAAAAUCUUUUGUUUUUUACUUGUGUUUAAUUUUGAGAAUUAUCAGUUGACUUAUCUUACAUUCUGAAGUGCCACCCUCUGCGUAGAGCUGAAGUCAGUAGCAUCCGAAGAAACCAGUUUAUAGGAACUGGUCUGUAUGGUUAUUAUAAGUCAGUUUGGACUUAAUGGAGAAUAACCUAACCAGCUUUGGUAUGUGGAGAAAACUGCUCAGCUGAACUGGAGAAUUAUGCGUUGUUUUCGUUUCAUCAUCUGUACUCUAAAAUAUUGUCACCAGCCAGCUGUGGAGUUUACACACCAGCUGUGGUCAGGAUGUUUAGGUCACCAAGGUAGUUCUCUGGAAUUUCCCUAACGUAGAGCACAUAGGCACAGCAAUACACAGAAACCCUGACUUCUCCGCUGCGCUGCAGGUGGCUCCUCUGCGGUACGAGCGUUUCAUUGGUGCUAGGAACAGACAAAUCUGCUGUUUUCUGUUAAAAUUUUCACUUUAAAUGCGGAACGGCCACAGAAUCGCAGCGCGUGAACAUGUUUACCCGACAGCAGGCUUGGACUCUGGAAGGUUAUUCUGCUUUGGUCUGUCCAUCUGGUCUCUUAACUGGGCCGGUCCUGCAGCCCUGGGGUGGACACUGAGGUGCCGUGCGGAAGACUGGCUCUUAGCGUAGCACCGAUUGCCCUGCUUCUCUCUGCAGUGUGAAUGUGAGCUUAAUUAAACCUUGUUCACGCGCCUGUGUGUCCAUCCGUGGUCCUAACGAUGGGUGCCGUGCUGAAAGUCUCUCGACUAGAGCUAUAAACCAGGGAACCGUGAUCGGAUUUAACCGAAAGUAUCCGACUCAGAAUUCCGUGACACUGCUGUUGAGAUUUAUGGGAGAGCCAAUCGCGGUGCUUCUUUAGUUCUGCACACGCACAGGAUGAGGGGAGAACCUCACUACAGUGAGGCUUGUAGGCGGUGAUACCUGCUUACAUAACAGAGGCUUCUUAAAGAAACGGUAACACUGAUUGAAUUGAUUUUUUUUUUUUUUUUUUUCACUCACAGAAAAUCUGUUACACGGUUGUGUGGAGGUCCAAGUUUAUAAACUUUGUGUUCAAGGAAAGGAGCUAUUUGAAGUAUGGAAUCUUGAAUCCUGACACCUGCCUGCCUGAAUUGUCUUCCAUUCAGAACAGUGAAGAAAACCACUGAAACAACUUUGGCCAAACUGACCAAUGAGGAAAGGGUUUUGUAGUGUGGAAUAGGGACGGUCACCCUGUUUAAAAAGUUGUUGCAUAUUGUAAUAUUGCAUAGUUAUUUAUUUGUGAGUUACCAGCUCUUAACAUUUAAAAAUGGAUUCAUUAAAAGUAAUUAAAUUUACCUUAAAUAUCAGAGAUCUGGUUAAAAUAUAGCACAGAUUGGCCACUUGCUAGCACUGUAGUGCAGACAACACAAUUUUGACAUGACAUUUUUUUGAGCUUGCACAUUACAAACUAACGGUAAAAGUUAGAAUGCUAAACUCAGUAAAUCACUGCGGCAUCGCGUGUGUCUGAAAGUUGACAGUGGUCCAUCCCAUUAGCGGGAAUACACGGAUGGUCGGAGAUGGGUUCAAACCCCAGGAGUUUCUGCUCAGAGCUGUAUUUUGUAUUUCUUUUUGUACAGAAGACUAGAGUUCUCCGGGUCAAGACAGGUUUCAGUAUUCUGUUCCAAAUAUUUUUCUAAGAUGUCCAUUAGCACAUUUAGAAGAUUUCUGUUAAAAUCAGAGGAAAAAAAACAAAGCUUUUGUCAGGUUAUUAAAUAUGGGAAGUUUUUCUUCCCCUUGUGUUUUUGUACUGCUGAAUUUCUACAUAAAUUCCUGUUUGAACCUGAAUUGUUAAAAUAAAAAAUGUUUUGAACUGC